ACAAUCUGUAUUCCGUGUUGUCGACCAAUAUUUUAACUUUAAUUAUUAGUGUCAUUUGUUUUUUUUUAGAUACAUUACUACACUAGUAAUUGUUUUUAAUUAGUUUUCACUGAUGUUUGAAAUCGUUCAUUAGACUUAAUUUAUAAUCUGGUUUGAGUUAAACUGUUAUCGUUUAAUAUUUAGCUUAUGAUUUUUCAUAUCUAUUUCAAACUAUUUUAUUAAUUAAACCCACUUAAUUAGUUUUGAAAAUUAAAGAAUAAUGAAAUCAUACAUUCCGAUAUAUCUAUUGGAGAAUCUUUCUGCUAAUAAUAUAAUACUAAACUGAAGUAACCGAGUAUAAAAGUUAUAAAUUUCGAGAAAAUAAUAAUUAUUACAAGAUGCCGUUAAUCCAAGUAGAUGUAAAAAUGUUACCUAUGAAAGUGCACUACUUUCUGUUCAUGGGAGGUGUUGCUCCGAUGACAUCUUUUUUACCAACAAUUGCAAAACAAUUGGGAUAUUCUACAAUUGUAGUUGGUACCAUCUAUAGCAUUUUACCAAUUUUAAGUUUAAUAAUAAAACCUAUUGUUGGUGCAAUUGUUGACCAAUUCCGGGUUAAGAAAUUAAUAUUUUUAAUGUUCAUAUUAUUAUCCGGCCUAACAGCAUUUUCACUGAUGUUUGUUCCCGCAAUACCUUUGGACUCUUCAGUUGAACUGAAUUGCCAUUCUGCUACAUAUUUAAAUGUUUGUUCCGAGGAUGAUGUACCUUUGUCAAAAUGUUCCUCUAAACGAGUCAAAGAUGUUAUUGGUGGUAGAUUUGGUUGUGAUUUAAAAUGUCAGAACAGUGUUCAUUUUCGUAAUGAAAUGUGUUCAAAUUGGGGAUUUAAUGACUAUUGCCAAUUACCAAAUUCAUCUAGUGUUAAUACUAUUGAAUAUCACGAACCAAACAAUUCACAAAUAGUUAGACCAAAAUCGAAUAAGAAUUAUUAUAAUGAUGAAUUUGUUUACUUAUCUGCAACGUUAGAAAUGAACCAUUCUGUCAAAUUUGAUAAUAAAUGUUUGUACUUCCGAGUAUCAUCUGCAAGUUUCUAUUAUAAUUAUUCUGAAGUAGUAAAGCACACACCAGUUUGUAAUGAUAGUUUAAGAUCACUAUGCGAAGUACAAUGUAACAGUGAAGUCAUAAUGGAUGUUAUAAUUCCCCAAAGCUUUAAAGGCAGUGUCUUGGAAUUAAGUCAAUUCUGGAUAUUUUUUCUGCUAAUUAGUCUGUUUUGGGUUUGCCAAGCAAUUAUUUAUAGUAUUGGCGAUUCUAUUUGUUUCGAUCAACUAGGCAACAAGCCUAAUCUAUAUGGCAAACAAAGAUGCUGGGGUGCUAUUGGAUGGGGAAUUUUUUCAAUAUUUGCCGGAUGGCUUUUAGAUCUUUUUAGUUCCAGUGAAGUAAAUAAAAACUAUUUACCAAUAUACUAUUUAUGUUUACUAGUACUACUUUGCAACUUUUUUGUUGCAUCAAAACUUGAGGUGACAGAAACAAAAAUAUCAACUAAUAUAUGUAAAGAUUUUGGAAAACUUUUAGUGGAAGUCAAGGUAUUAGGAUUCCUUACUUGGGCUAUAGUAGUAGGAAUUUGCACUGGAAUGAUUUGGCAAUAUCUUUUUUGGUAUGUUGAAGAUGUAGCUUCCACGAAUGAGUGUAAAACUCAACGUUGGAUUAAGACACUGCAAGGUUUAAUAUCAGGAGUUCAAUGUUUUGGUGGUGAAGUGCCAUUCUUUUUUUGGUCAGGCUGGAUUAUGAAACGUUUGGGACACUUGAAUUGCAUGUCUCUUGUUUUGGGAGUUUUUGCAUUUAAAUUUUUUGCUUAUUCAGUUAUUACAAAUCCAAUUUGGGCUCUUGUUAUUGAGUUAACUAAUGGAAUUACUUUUGGGUUAGCAUAUGCUGUACUUAUGUCGUAUGCUAGUAUACUUGCACUACCUGGUAGUGAAAGUACUAUGAUAGGACUUGUUGGUGGAGUUUUUGAAGGCAUAGGUGUGUCUUUGGGUAGUCUAAUAGGUGGCUUUUUGUACAACGAAUAUGGUGGACCUGAAACUUUCAGACUCUUUGCAUAUGGUUCUGCAUUAAUGUGUGCAAUUCAUUUGUUAUGUCAAAAAGUUUUGAAAGCAAAUAGAAAAUUAAGCCUGCCAAGUUUUAUUAGUGGUUCAACUGAAUACGCCAGUCCAAAUGAAGCUAUUCAUAUGUUAAUUGAUAAUUAAAUUUUUUUUUUUCAACGUUCCUACUUUAUUGUUACAUCUCAUUUUUAUUUCAAAAAACAAAAGGAAGAAAUACUUAAUUUACAGCCAUUUUUACCUAUUAUAGUACUAUAUUUUUUAAUUUUUAAGCAAUUAUUAAUGGAAUAGGUGAAUAUUGAAAUUAUUCAACUUUUUAGUAUAUAAGACAAGAUGGCAAUAGUGUGAGUUGAGCAUAAUAUUUGUUAGGAAUUAUUAAACACGUUUUAAUAGGUAUAACCAAAAUUCUACCGAUCUAAAAAACAUGUAACUUACAAAUAUUAUUAUUGCUUAUUUAUAAUCAAAACUUGCUUCUUAGUUCUUAUUAUUUAAAAUAUUUGAUUAAUUUUUAUAUGAAAUUAUGUACCAACCAUUUUUAGUUAAACUUUAUUUUGCUUUCUUGGUAUCAUUAUUUCAAUCAUAUAUUAUAUUCAUUAAAAAAAAUAAUUGAAGUUUUAUAUGUAAUAUUUUAAGAUUUAUUUGGAUUUGAUCUUUAUUUUAUUAUUUUUAUAUUAUCAUGAUUAAUUGUCAAUUAUAAAAUAAUAACACUUUCUUUUAUAAAAUUAAUCAAUAUUCACCCAAAAACGUAUCAGUAUGGCUUUGGUUUUUGUUUUUACAUUAUUUUUGUAUACAAUAUUAUAUUUGUGUAACUGUUAUAGUUUUGGUUUAAUAUGGUGCUGUAGAUUAAUUAUGUAACUCGCUUGAAGCACAACAUCUUUACAGGGAUAUUUAAAAGACAAACAUCAUUAAUUUGUAUUUAUUUUUAAUCAAUUAUUACCUCUGGCUAAAUUAAGUAAUUCAUUUAGUGUAGUAUUUAAGUCCUUAAUGAUAUAAUUUUGGUGAUAUGGAGUAAUUUAAAGAUUCUUUAAAAUUGAUUAUAAUCAUCUGUAUGAAAACCAA